AUGGCUCUGGGCACGGCCGGUGCCCUCUUCAUUGGCUACUGUUUCUACUUUGACCGGAAGCGCACUAGGGCGCCGGACUACAAGAAGAGGGUGCACGAGCGUCGCAUGCGGCAGGCAAUGAGUCAGCUGGGAGGUGGCACUGGACAGGCCGGAGCAGCCGACGACAACGAAGAGGACGACCAAGACCUGGUGAUGCAGAUGCACUUCGUCGAGGAGGUGAAGAAGGGCGAGCGCCACAUCAAAGAGGGUAGCGUGGACGAGGGCCUCACUCACCUCUGCAACGCCAUAAUGCUGUGCACGCACCCGGGCGCCCUGCUGGAGAUGCUCCAGGCCAAUCUCCCGGAGGUGCUGUUCCGUCCGCUGAUGAUGCGGCUGCACGAGCUGAACCAGCGCAGCGGCAGCAGCAGCGAGGAUUACAGUGAGACGUCCAGCUACGACACCACCAGGACUAGCAUGAGCAGUGGCACGUCCACCUCGAAGCCCGGAGAAGUGGCAGCGGCAGUUACGGCGGCAGCCCAAGAGGCAGGGCUCUAG